AAAACAGUAUUUUUUUGUAGCUUAUUAAAGUAAAAAAGGAAUAUACUUUUAAUUUUGUGAAAGAAUCUUCACUGUUUUUUGGUUUAAAUUAAUAUUUAAGGGCUAAAUGCUGAAUAUAAACUAUAUUUCAAUAUGGAUAUUAAGUAUUUUCACAAAUAAAUAUUUUUUUAUGACUUCUGCAAUACUAGUUAUUGCAUUUAUGUUGAGUACAGAAAAUGAAAGUCGACAUUCUCCUCCAGAUCCAAGUAAACCUUUGCCACCUUCAAGUUCAAGAAUACAAUACUUCAAAAAAGCCGCAAUUUCUUCAGACGCAGGAGGUUGUGCUCAAAUUGGAAGGGAUAUUUUACAAAAGAAUGGUUCAGCAGUUGAUGCAGCAAUUGCUGCAAUGAUUUGCAAUAGUGUACUAAAUAUGCAAAGUGCUGGUUUAGGUGGUGGUUUUUUCAUGACCAUUUUUAGAAAAAGUGAGGAUAAGGUUUACUGUCUCAAUGCAAGGGAAACAGCUCCUCUUCAUGCAUCAGAAGAUUUAUACAGAUAUAGUCAGAGUGGAACCAAAAAUGGGUCCUUAGCAGUUGGUGUUCCAGGAGAAAUAAAAGGUUAUAAAAUUGCUCAUGAAAGAUUUGGUAAACUACCGUGGAAAGAUUUAGUUCAACCAGUGAUUGAUAUUUGUGAUAAUGGAUAUAUUAUGAGCAGACAUCAAUAUUGGUCUAUGUCCAGGAGAAAACUUGAAGAAGAUAACAAUUUCCGAAUAUUAUCAAUAAAUGGCCCCGAAGAUUUUUACACUGGAAGUAGCUCAAAAAUGUUUUUAGAAGACAUUGAAGAUAUUGGUGGAAUAAUAACGGAAGAGGAUUUAAUUCAAUACAGAGCCGAAUGGUUGGAACCAAUACACAUUACUUUAAAAAAUGGCGACCAUUUUUAUUCGUUCCCUCCGCCUGGAUGUGGCGCAAUUACAGCUUUAAUUUUAAAUGUAUUAGAAGGAUAUAAUUUCACUAGACGAGAUCUAUACGAAUCUGAUAUUGCAAGUACUUAUCAUAGAAUUUUAGAGGCUUUUAAGUUCGGAUUGGCUCAAAGAGCUGCACUGGGUGAUCCCAAUUUUGUUGAUAUUAAAAAGAUAGUUGAGCAGAUAACAUCUAAAGAAUUUGCAACCGAUAUCAGAUUAAAAAUUAAUUUGGACAAAACUAAUUCUAGUACAAACUAUUAUGGUGCCAAAUAUUUUUCAAACGAAGAUUACGGUACAGCUCAUCUAUCGAUUUUGGAUGGAAAUGGCGAUGCCGUAGCUGCAACCAGCACUAUUAAUAUUUAUUUUGGGUCUGGUUUAUCUUCUAAACGCACUGGAAUCGUUCUCAAUAGUGCCAUGGACGACUUCGCUUAUUCCGAUAUAAUAAAUUAUUUUGGAAUUCCCGUUUCAGAAGCGAAUAAAAUGAAACCCGGUAAAAGACCACUUUCUUCGAUGUCGCCUUCAAUACUAGUAGAUAAAAAUGGAAACGUUAAAACUGUCAUUGGCGCGGCUGGAGGGCCUAAAAUUAUUACUGCGAUAGCUUUGACAUUGGCUCGAGUUUUAUGGUUCGGAGAUAAUCUAAAAGAAGCCAUAGAUGCCGCCAGAGUACAUCACCAGUUAUUUCCCAUGGAAGCUCAUUACGAGUAUGGAUUGUUAAAGGAUAUUGUGAAUAAGCUAAAGUCAAUGGGUCAUAAGUUGGAGAGAAAAUCUGAUUCAAUCGUUUAUGCGUUACACAGAGAUGAAAAUAACAUCAUGGGAAUUGUUGAUCAACGGAAAGAUGGUGGUGGGGUUUAUGGUAUUUGAAGUUUUCAUUCAAAUGAAAAGUUUUUUAUGUUGUAAAUUUUCAAAUUGUGGUAA